UUGAAUUCUGCUGUAAACACCGGAAGUUCCAUCGAGACUCGGUUCACAUUCACAGAAUUCAGAGGAGAGGUGGAUUACAUUGAAUGUGUGAUCAUAUUUAACGUGUUUCGUUCAACAGCGAACAUGACCUGAAUCAGUGUAUGAGCGAUUCGACCGAAAAACUUUGCGGGACCGGGUCCGGAGGGAUGCGCAGCUGGAGGUGGUACCUCUCCAAAGUCAUGCGUCUCUUCCUGCGCUGGUUCCGGCUCUGCCCUCGACGGGGACGCAGAAAGCGGUCGAGCAGAGUACGAGACCUGUGGAACUAUGGGACGGUGCUACUGAAGUCCCUGUACUACAACGUCCUGACCAAUUCAGACACGGUGCUUGACUGUGUCUUUGAGCCCAUCUACUGGCUGGUGGACAAUAUGACCCGCUGGUUUGGAGUGGUGUUUGUGUCUCUGGUGAUCGUCUUGACCAGCUCCAUCGUGAUUAUCGUCUAUCUGUGCGUUCUUCCCAUCAUCUUCAGCACGUACCCCGUUCACUGGAUCCUCUGGCACCUCUGUUACGGCCACUGGAACCUCCUCAUGCUGGUCUUCCAUUACUAUAAAGCUACGACCACGUGUCCGGGUUUCCCGCCACAGGAAAAGAUUGAUAUACCAACUGUCACAAUCUGUAAAAAAUGUAUAGUUCCCAAACCAGCAAGAACUCAUCACUGCAGUAUCUGCAACAGAUGUAUUUUGAAAAUGGACCACCACUGUCCCUGGUUGAAUAACUGCGUGGGUCAUUUCAACCACCGUUACUUCUUCAGUUUCUGUCUGUACAUGACCAUGGGCUGCGUCUACUGCAGCAUCAGUGCCAAAGACAUGUUCCUGGACGCCUAUGAUGCCAUCGAGAGCUCGUAUCAGACGCCUCCACCUGCCUUCAGCCAUCAGGAGAGGAUGGUUCAUAAGAGCCUCGUUUAUCUGUGGGUGUUGACGAGUUCGGUGGCUGUGGCUCUGGGAAGCCUCACAUUGUGGCACGCAGUGCUGAUCACCAGAGGAGAGACCAGUGUGGAGAGACACAUCAACCGCAGAGAGAGGAAACGACUCAAACUGAGGGGCAAAAUUUUCCGUAAUCCAUACCACCAUGGAAAAAUGAACAACUGGAGAAGGUUUUUUGGUGUUGAGAAGCAGAGUGACUGGCUAACACGGGUUCUGCUGCCCUCCUGUCAUCUUCCUCACGGGGAUGGCCUGACGUGGGACUGUCCUGCAUACAGGAACAACACCGUGGCGAUUUGACGUCAUGAUGAUCAGAUCAGCACAUAUCAGACUCUUAAGACUGAAGGGACUCUGCAUCACCCCUGACCUUUACAAACGAACGACUGCUGCCGUUUAGGCCGUCUUAUGAGGGUUUUUUUAUGGGAUUUUACUGAAAUGUGUGUUUACUGUACAGCGUGAGAUCCUUGUGCCGAGUUCAAAGUAGUACUUGGUGCCAAAGACUUGAUGUGAAUGGAUUUUGGUGACAUCUGAGGAAUAUUUAUAUUUUUUAUCUUCCAGUGUUGAUCAUGAUGAUUCAUGGGAAUCUUUGAGCUGUGUCCUUUAUGAACAUUUUUCACCAUGUUUUUGAAUGUCUGAACAUUUCCAAAGUGGUCCAUGCAUUUUGUUAAAAUGAAGUUAUUUUACAAUAAUGUUUUCUAAUGAACACACUGACGUGGUUUUAAAUGUGAAACACACCUGUACAGAUGUGUGACGGGCUCCAGAAGUCUGAGACCACUGGGGAAAAAAGUGUAACAUAAAUAUUUUUUAUUCUUUUCUAAUUACAUUUGUCUCGUUAUAAAUUAUAUUGUCGGCA